AUGUCUAUUACAAACUUACGUUUUGGAGUCGUCAAGGAAUACCUAAUGAUUUGUGGUCAAGGAGUGGACAGCCCUUUCAUUUGUCUGAUUUACAAAGUCAUAGGAAAAAUUAAUAAAAUAUUUUAUGAAGGACUGAGACCCUGUCUCUCCAUAACUGACCCACAAUUCAUUCGUUCGGACUCGACGACACCUAAAGACCCGUUACACACAUCACUCUUCUUCUCGAAAUAUCCCGAAUGGAAGCGAAUCCGAGCCAUACUUUCGCCGUCUUUCACAACCGGAAAACUAAAGAGUUUUCAACCGAUGUUCAGAAACUCAUUGAAUAAUUUGAUCGACAAAUUGAAAGACGAGUUCAAACACAACGAGAUCACAGACUUGCGGCCCAUUUAUGACUCGUUCGCAUUUGAUGUCAUCUCAAAGUCGGCGUUUGGUCUCAACACCAAUAUUAUGGACAAUCCGGACAAUCCUAUCUUCAUGGCGGCCAAGAGUUUCUUCCAAACGGGUCUCACUCAACAAACAAUCGCCGAUUAUAUCAAACAAGUGAUUAAAGCCAGGAUUGACAGCAAUUUUGAGGCCAAAGAUUUGCUACAAUUGUCUAUAAAUGCGAGCGUUUUCUCGCCAAAAGUCACGUCUAAUUCGUUUGAAAAGCUGACCGAAGAGGAAGUGUUGGCCCAAAGUAUCAAUUUGAUGGCCGCCGGCUAUGACACGACUUCAACUCAAUUGUGUUUUAUUACUCGCUUUUUGGCACUGAAUCCAGAUUUUCAGACACAACUCGUCGAUGAAAUGAAUGAUAGUUUUGGUGGUAAAACUGAUGUCGAUUACGAGUCGCUCAUGAAAAUGUCAUAUUUGGACGCUUUCCUCAAAGAGAUUAUGAGAAUUAACUGCUCUGUCAAUAGAAUAGAUAGGAUUGCGACAAAUGAUUGUGUAAUUGACGGCAUAUUUCUACCGAAAGGCACAUCCAUUAUAAUCCCUAUUUGGGCCCUACAUCUGGAUGCAGACAAUUACGAUGAGCCGGACGUUUUCAAACCCCAGAGAUUUUUAGCCGAAAAUUCUUCUAACAUUAAAGACUAUACUUACUUACCGUUUGCUUCUGGACCUCGAAAUUGCAUCGGAAAGAGGUUCGCGGAAAUGGAGAUCAAAUACUUUUUGGAAUUGGAUUUCUAUAAACUCAUUCAGACGUCUACUAUGAAACAGCUUAUGGUUAAAGUGAAACCAAGAAACAGUCAAUAA